AUGAUCACAUCAAAUCAAUAUCCAAACCUCUGGAGUUUGUCACAUUGUUUCACAUCAAAUGUGGAGACACUAUCGUUCUUUCAAGAUUUAGUCAAUUAUUCCAACAUUGUAGAAAACAUAUCGAAUUCUGCUAUGCUGGUAAAGAUGGGGGAUUCUUUUUAUUUAUUAUUUUAUAUUGAAGUGUUGGAUGAGGUACCCAGAGUCAAAUGUCUGGUGUUGGAGAUAAAUUUAGAAAAAAUCAAUUCACUGUUAUCCAUGGGUGAUCAAAUAAUUUCAAAUUCACCCUCAUAUUUCAUAGAUGAAGUCACUUCAAAGAAGGAUGAAAUGAUUGAUACUUUAUUAAAACAAAGAAAUGAUCAAGUUAAAAGUUUAAAGAUGCAAAAACAAGAAAGUGAAAAACUGGCAAAAGAACAACAACUACGUAUGGUUAAUAUUCGUCAAGGCUUUAGAAGAAUCAUAAAUAAAGAAGUUAAAAGGAAACUGGCCAAAGCAUCAAAAUCUACACAGAUUGAAAUAGCUGAGAUUUGUUUUAGAUCUAUGCAAUUUAAAUUUAAAGGCCUUGAUAAGUUAGACGAUAAGGAAGAGAAAGAGAUUAAAGAAUGGUUAAAAGUGUUUUUAGACGUGUUGGGUGUAUGA